ACACCACCUUCAAACAUACGCUCACUUCUUCUUCUUCUUUCAAUUCAGGCCCGGCCGUUGGAGUAAUUAUCUGCUUCUUUCUUCGAUAUCUCCCUUUCCAUCGGAGUUCGGAAAUCGUAGCGUCAAAUCUCGAGGCUUUUCUUCGUUUUCCGCUUUAUCCCAAGCGAAUUCGACCUCGAUGUCGUCCAAGUAUGCGAAAGGCGUGGAUUUGGAGGCCGGCGGGCCGAGCGCGCUCUACCCCAACAUGGCUGAGAGCCCGGUGCUCCGAUGGGCGUUCAUCAGGAAGAUUUACUCCAUCCUCACCCUCCAGUUGGCGCUGACGGUCGCCAUCGCCGCCGUGGUCGUCUUGGUUAAACCCAUCCCCCACUUAUUCGUCUCCUCUAUUGCCGGUCGGGUGCUCUACAUCUUCCUCUUGAUCCUUCCGUUUAUCAUUUUAUGCCCUCUGUAUGCGUUUCGAGAGCGGCACCCUGUCAAUCUUCUUCUUCUUGGAUUGUUUACUGUGUCGAUGAGCUUUGCCGUUGGGAUGAGUUGUGCAUUCACAAGCGGAAAAGUGAUUUUGGAAGCUGCUAUUCUCACAGCAGUAGUGGUGGUUAGUCUCACUCUGUACACAUUCUGGGCUGCUAAGAGGGGCCAUGAUUUCAACUUUCUUGGCCCGUUUCUUUUUGCUGCCGGCAUGGUUUUACUGGGUUUUGCUCUCAUUCAGAUUCUAUUUCCACUUGGAAAACUGUCUAAGAUGAUAUACGGUGGACUGGGAGCAUUGGUGUUUUCUGGCUACAUCAUAUACGACACUGACAAUUUGAUCAAACGAUUCACUUAUGAUCAAUAUGUCUGGGCUUCCGUUUCACUGUAUCUUGAUACUGUGAAUUUGUUCCUUUCGUUACUCACUUUGUUCAGGGCUGCUGAUAGUUGAAAAUUAUUAGCAAUGUAACUUGAUAUAUUUUCUCUGUUUUUUUUUGUUCUUGUAUGUCCUCUUCAGUGUUUCAAGUACUUUGUAUUGUUUCUAUAUUUUUAUCUUUGUUGAUCUAGACAACCAAAUAAUCUAUAAGAUGUAAUUCUACUACAUUGUUUUUGCUUAA